AUUGCCACCUCGACCGCUGAGACUACUACAGUUCCGACAUCUUCAGCUGAGACCUCGACAAUUGCCACCUCGACCGCUGAGACGACUACAGUUCCAACAUCAUCAGCUGAGACCUCGACAAUUGUCACCUCGACCGCUGAGACUAGUACAGUUCCGACAUCUUCAGCUGAGACCUCGACAAUUGCCACCUCCACCGCUGAGACUACUACAGUUCCGACAUCUUCAGCUGAGACCUCGACAAUUGCCACCUCGACCGCUGAGACUACUACAGUCCCGACAUCUUCAGCUGAGACCUCGACAAUUGCCACCUCGACCGCUGAGACUAGUACAGUUCCGACAUCUUCAGCUGAGACCUCGACAAUUGCCACCUCGACCGCUGAGACUACUACAGUUCCGACAUCUUCAGCUGAGACCUCGACAAUCGCCACCUCGACCGCUGAGACUACUACAGUUCCGACAUCUUCAGCUGAGACCUCGACAGCCGAGACCUCGACAAUUGCCACCUCGACCGCUGAGACUACUACAGUUGCGACAUCUUCAGCUGAGACCUCGACAAUUGACACCCACCUCGACCGUUGA